AUGAGCGAUACCAUUGAAGGACUAAAGGGAUAUCGACCACAGGAGAAUCGGGCAGCAGACAGCGAACACCAAAUAGAAGGUGAAGCCACAUUAAAUUCAGGAUCUAACUCGGAAAUUGAUCCGAUUACUCUAAGAGAAUUUCAAACCUAUUUAAAGCAAUGUAAGAAGAUCGUGGCGCUUGUUGGAGCCGGGCUUUCUGUAUCUUCAGGACUUCCAACCUUUAGAGGAACACAAGGACUUUGGAAGAAUUAUAAUAUAAUAGAUUUAGCUACACCAGAUGCAUUUUAUAUUGAUCCUGGUUUGGUCUGGCAGUUCUAUUCAUGGCGACGGAGUCAUGCACUUGAGGCAGAACCGAAUGAUGGUCAUCGUACAUUGGCCAAAUUAGCACUUAAUCCUAACGUUGAAUUCACAACCAUUACUCAAAAUGUUGAUGGUCUUCUGAUUAGAGCAGGACAUCCUAAGAAGAAGUUAUAUGAAAUUCAUGGAUCACUCUUCGAUUUAAAAUGCACUAGUUUUAUGUGUACAUAUGUUGAUCAUGAUAACUUUACAGAUCCAUUAACCAAAGAAUUGGCAGACUCGCGGUUCGAACAUGUGACAGUGUUUGCGGGUGCGGGUGGAGAAGGGGAUCGGGAUCGACCCCCAAUAGAAUCUCCUCAAUUUGCACCCAUCAAACAAAUACCUGAAUCGGAACUACCACUAUGUCCUUUAUGUAAUCUGUUACUUCGACCAGGGGUAGUAUGGUUUGGAGAGUCCUUACCUCUUAAGUUAAUUACAGGAGUUGAUAGGUUCAUAGAACAAGGAGAAAAAGUGGAUUUGAUCUUGGUUAUAGGGACUAGUGGCACUGUGUACCCUGCCAAUAGUUAUGUUGAUAGAGUAAGAUUUAAGGGAGGAAAAGUGGCAAUUUUCAACACAGAUAUCGAACUGCUGAUAAUGGCAGGGGAAGACAGAGAUACUUGGGGAUUUCAAGGGGAUGCAGCUAAGCUUCUACCCAUAGCGUUAGCUCCUUUGUUGUAA